AUGUUUUCACAUAGAGGCCAGCUUUUAAGAGGCAUCCGAGACAUCACCCGUGCUCGGCCUCAAUCACUACACCGUCCGCAUCAUCAUCUGUCUCAUCAAUGGCAUUCAACCCAGGCUUCCAGUCAAAAGAGGAAUAAGGUCCCGCGCUCAAAAACGACUUUUGGGAAGAUAAUAUGGGUAUCUAUCGGCGUUUUGGCCUGGGGCCAGGUCUUCAUCUCAUAUGUAUACGAGCCUCUCAGAGAUAACGGUCUCUUCACCAACAUUGCUCAAUCAACCGUCUUCCGUGCAAUACCACCUAAACUAUCACAGCCAUCCGAAAUAGUGGAGAAUGGGCUAUACCAACCCAUCACUGGCGAUAAAGAGAUCCGACUACUCGUCCUGGAGCCAGGAGCACGCGGGGACGCAUUGGAAUGCAAGUUGGUCAACGCUGAACUGUCCUGGAGGACCAGAUUCGAGGCUCUAUCGUACGCCUGGGGAGACGACACAACUAAAUACCAGCUAAAUUGUUCUGGGCACAUUAUCGACGUGAGGGCUAAUCUCCAUGACGCCUUGUUGGAUUUACGGCAUCCAACACAAAGGCGCGUUUUGUGGAUCGACGCACUUUGUAUCAACCAAGCCGACAACGAUGAAAAGUCUAAACAGAUAAGACUUAUGCAUGAAAUCUACUCCCAAGCCCAAGAAGUACUCAUCUAUCUCGGAAAGUCAGAUCCCUCGGUCCAAGGUGCGAUUGGAUCAAUGCGUUGGCUUGACUGGAAGUUCAUGCCUCUAUAUACUAGGCAAUUCCUUCUAAGUUCGAAUAUUGGCAUGGCAAGCUUCUCUGUUGACAAGUGGACGAACAUGAACCCUAUCACCCGAGAGGGCUUCUCUUGGGAUCCCAUUAUUAACUUGUUGUGUCGUCCAUGGUUCCAACGUACUUGGGUUAUCCAGGAAGCCGUUAUACCGAAGCAUGCGCAGGUCAUAUGCGGCGACCAAUCCAUCUCUUGGGCAAAGUUUCUCAGAGUUGUGGAUGCAAUCAAACACUAUCAAUCCUCGGUAAAGACGGUGCCUGGGUACCACUCGAUCUAUGACACGAUCUCCAGUCUGGACUUGAUGCGGUCAGCUCGCCGCAAUCGACAUCCCAGGAUUUAUAUACUUGGUCAGUGGUGGUAUCGUCCUCUCUUGACUGGGCGCCCAAUUGAAGGACAGGAAGAUUCUAAACUACUCGGCCUCAUCUUGAUGAGUCGCAGGUACAAGUGCACAUAUCCUCAUGAUAAGAUCUUCGGGAUGCUCGGUGUUACAAGCGAGGACACGAGUAGCGAGCUCUUGAAGCCAGAUUACGAAAUCUCACCAAUGGAUGCAUACAGAAAAUUUGUAGUCUGGGAAGUCAACCAUAAUAGAUGCUUUCGUGUCCUUGGCACGAGUUCACAAAAGACCAGCCGACACAGCUCGUCUCCAUCGUGGGUCCCAGACUUCAACAAGCUUGAUCCAAUCGAAAGCUUAACUGGGCCUCUCUUCAGUAACUCUGGAUUCGAUGCCAGUGCAGGACUGCUAAUAGAGGUACGAGAAUUGAAUGAUGGUACUACGCUGCACAUUAUGGGAAGUGUAGUGGACACAAUACACACUGUUGGCAAGAAGUCGUUCACCGACAGAUCCACCAGAUUCAGCAAAGGUGACCAACGGGACAAAAGAAUCUCAGUUUACGACCAGCUUCAAGUGAACAGAGGGAUGAUUGAAGAAGCAAGAGACAUUUGGCUGGAAGCGACGAAAGGACUAGCCCGAGGCCUUGGACCUGCCCCUAAGACUCGUAUCUUCGCAGCCUCGACGACAGAUGGUAGAGCCUUGCCUGAUGGGCCGAUUUCUCCAGGAUGGGAGCCAUUCUUGCGUGUUCUGUUCGGUGAUAUUUCUGUUGGGAGCAAGUAUUCUCUGUUCCUAAAGGAAAUCUCUACGUCUUUUCUACGUCUGACCCUUACGGAUGACGUGUUUCCCAAGGAACAUGGGCAGGGAGAAGAAGUUUUUGCCAUAAAAGCGCUUGGCUUCUUUGCAGCAAUAGCGCAGUCGCGACGUUUUGCGCGGACAGACAUGGGGCUAGUUGGUUAUGUUCCAAUGAGGGCCAAGAGGGGAGACUUGGUAGUGGUUCUGUAUGGAUCUAAAGUUCCUUUCGUGGUCAGGGAGCAAGAACAUGGUAGAUAUUCGUUGGUUGGGGAGUGCUAUAUGGAUGGGAUAAUGCGUGGUGAGGGGAUCAGGUUUGCGAAGCAGGAGAAUAGAGACAUAGAAUUGACUUUAGUGUAG